GGUCUAUUAACGCUACGUUAUCUUACAUCAUGAAUCAGCUGUUGAGAUUGCAUGUGGCUGCAAGUAAUCGUGAUCGCAAGCCACAAGUAAUGGCUGCAGUGGUUAUUUGAAUGAUUUUCCAUCCUGCACGAUAUCUUUUAAUUCACUUUCUUCCAAGAUGAAUAGCUCGACAGAUCCCAGACGGCCCGAGAAGGAAGUCCGUUACAAGCCACCAGGUUCGAAUAAUCAGGGGCAAAUGCAGGAUGACUUGACACCAGACUACAUGAAUGUCAUAGGGAUGAUUUUCAGUAUGUGCGGCCUAAUGAUGAGACUGAAAUGGUGUGCCUGGGUAGCACUUUACUGCUCUUGCAUCAGCUUUGCCAAUUCGCGUGUCAGUGAAGACACCAAGCAAAUCCUCAGCUGCUUCAUGUUGUCGAUAUCAGCAGUGGUGAUGUCUUACCUCCAAAAUCCACAACCCAUGACACCACCAUGGGCAAGCGCCAUGCAAUGAGUGUAAAGUUCUGCUUACACAGCAUAUUCUAUUAACAUCUUCAAUUUGUGUACGCGAGUGCAAAAAAAGUUUGAACGUUUGAAAUGGAAUAAUAAUUGUUACGUGAUGUGGGUGUGAUUAUUUAUACUGUACAGAAAGUGUUCUAUAAGAACAUGAAUAUCGAUGAAAAUCUAUUGUAGUAAUAUAAUAUAUUAUAUUAUGAGAUAUAUAUGUCAUGUUUCAAGUUAAUGAAUAUGCAUACAAUGGACUGUAUAUAUACUAUAUACAGAGAUAAUAUUUUUUUCUCCAUUGUUUAUUUCUUAUAAUUUUAUUACAUUAAAAUCAACUCUAUGUCCUGCAAGUUUCUCCUAGAGAGGGACACUAUAUAUAAAUAUAUUUAUAUAUAUU